CGCAAAGAGACGGGGUAGCGCAUGAUUUGGGAGAAGCGUUUUCUCUUUAGCCCUAGCUCUAAAGGGGAUUUUGCUAUUUUGGGUUAGUCAGUCAAAGAGUGUCUUCAGACAGCGGGAGACAGAUACGCGCACACAGGCUCUCCAGACGGAGGUUGCGCUUUCAGUCUCUUGAUACGCGCAACAGAUUUCUGCUUAGUGACAGUGGGAUAAGUGCUUUUGUUUUUAAUGCAAGUGCUUGUUUUCAUCUCCGGCACUCCUGAUAUCUUAAUUUUCCAAGUCGGCGGAACAUUUUUGACGACAUUUUUUUAUCUGAAUUUGGACCGGAUAUGUUUUUGAAACGAUAACAACGCAUGCAAAGGACUGAGACAGCACAACAAAGAGGAGCCAAUCAUUCUGGGAGUUUAUUUCGGUGCCUGCUAGAGAUUUUUUUACACCCAGCAUGGAUAACAGCAAGGGCACAGUGUUCUGUGCCACUUUUCUCAAACUUGCUGUGCUUUUGACAUUGGCACGUCAUGCCUCUGCUAAAACUCUGAAAUAUCAAGUGUACGAGGAGCAGAAGGUCGGUACAGUCAUUACUAGACUUAGAGAAGAUGUUGCUGAUGUUUUAUCGAAACUUCCGAAGUCGAUACCCUUGCGAUUCAGAGCCAUGCAGCGCGGCAGCGCAUCUCUCCUAUCCGUGCGCGACCAGGACGGUGAGAUCAGCAUCAGGACCAAAAUAGACCGCGAGAAACUGUGCGAGAAGAAUCUCAACUGCACUAUCGAAUUUGACGUUCUCACCCUCCCAACGGAACACCUACAUCUGUUUCACAUCGAAGUGGAGAUUUUGGACAUUAACGACAAUGCGCCACAGUUUGCCCGCUCCGUCAUUCCCAUAGAGAUAUCAGAGACAGCCGCUGUGGGCACGCGCAUUCCGCUUGACAGCGCCACCGAUCCCGACGUCGGGGAGAACUCUUUACACACGUACUCUCUGACCCCGUCUGACUUCUUUAACAUUGAUAUUCUAACCAGAACCGAUGGCGCGAAGUAUGCAGAGCUUGUGGUGCUUAAAGAGCUGGAUAGGGAGGUGCGCGCGAGCUAUGAACUCCAACUCACAGCCUCAGACACGGGCGUUCCCCCCAAAUUUGGAACAACGCUGCUUAAAAUCAGCAUAGCUGACUCGAACGACAACAAUCCAGUGUUUGAGAAACCAUCUUAUGUGAUAAACCUGCAUGAAAAAUCACCUUUAGGCAGUUUGCUAAUUGAUUUAAAUGCCACUGACCCAGACGAAGGGACAAAUGGAAAAAUCGUUUAUUCUUUUAGCAGCCACGUUUCCCCUAAAAUCUUAGAGACGUUUAAAAUUAAUUCUGAUAACGGUCACUUAACGUUGACAAGGAAAGUGGACUUUGAAACAACAAAUUCGUAUGACAUAGAUGUUCAAGCUCAGGAUAUGGGCCCCAACUCAAUGCCUGCCCACUGUAAGGUCAUAAUAAAAGUGGUUGAUGUAAAUGACAAUGAACCUGAUAUCAGUAUUAACCUGAUGUCCACAGGCAAUGAAGAGAUAGCUUACAUAUCAGAAACCGCUCCUGUAGAUACAUUUGUGGCUUUGGUGAGGGUUGAAGAUCUGGACUCUGGGUUGAAUGGAGAAGUGGAGUGUCGACUACACGGCCAGGGUCAUUUUAAACUCCAGAAGACAUAUGAGAAGAAUUUUAUGAUCCUCACUAAUGUCUCUUUGGACAGAGAGAAGAGGUCAGAGUACAGCUUGACCGUUAUAGCAGAAGAUAAAGGCUCUCCAAGUCUAUCCACCAUGAAACACUUCACCGUGCAGGUCCAGGAUGAAAAUGACAAUACACCAACAUUUGAAAAGGCCAGAUAUGAGAUAUCCAAGGUGGAGAACAACUCUCCAGGAGCUUUUUUGUCUUCAGUCCGGGCCUCAGAUCCAGACCUGGGCCCAAAUGGCCAAGUAAGCUACUCCAUACUUGAAAGUAUGAUCCAUGGAAGCUCCAUCUCCACUUACGUCACCAUUGACCCAUCCAACGGAGACCUUUAUGCAUUGCGUACUUUUGAUCGCGAAGACGUUAGUCAGAUCUCCUUUCUGGUCCAGGCCCAGGAUUCCGGAAGUCCUCUGCUUCGCAGCAACGUGACCGUAAUGUUAACCGUGUUGGAUGAGAAUGAUAACAAACCGGUCAUCAUGAUGCCACAGCUGUGGAACCACACCGCCGACGUUCCAGUUUCCAAAUAUGCAGAGGUGGGCGACAUGGUGACUGUCGUUAGGGCGAUAGACCGUGAUGCUGAUGCCAAUGGUGACCUCUCCUGUUCCUUCAUAGGGGGAAACGACGCAGGUUACUUCAACAUUGACGCUAAAACGUGCAAAAUUCACACCAAUGUCAGCAUGCAGGACAUUCCAGUGGACCAUGUGGAGUUGACCGUGCAGGUAGAGGACCACGGAGCACAACCUAUGAGCACAAGGGCCCUGCUGAGACUUUCGCUUUAUGAAAAUAUUGAGAACCACAUGAACCCACAUCUAACGGGUGGCGGAACAGUAGAGGGCCCUCUGGAUAUUUCCAUGAUCAUCAUCAUCUCGCUUGGAGCAAUCUGUACCAUCUUGCUCAUCAUCAUGGUGGCCUUUGCUCUCCGCUGCUCAAGGGAAAAGAAAGACACUCGUUCUUACAACUGCAGGGUGGCGGAGUCCACCUAUCAACAACACCCGAAAAAGCCCUCAAGGCAGAUACACAAAGGCGACAUCACUCUGGUUCCCACCAUCAACGGGACCCUACCGAUACGGGCACACCAUCGCUCACCCACAUCCUCGCCCGGACCCGAACGGGCCCUCAUGGGCAGCCGACAGAGCCAACACAGCCGGCAAUCGCUGAACAGCUUGGUCACGAUUUCCUCCAAUCACAUUCCUGAGAACUUCGCCCUGGAACUUACACAUGCCACGCCCCCUGUGGAGCAAGUCUCACAGCUCCUUUCAAUGCUCCAUCAGGGUCAGUAUCAGCCGCGGCCAAGCUUCAGAGGGAACAAAUACUCUCGCAGCUACAGGUACGCCCUCCAGGACAUGGAUAAGUUCAGUUUGAAAGAUAGUGGGCGUGGCGACAGUGAUGCGGGCGACAGCGACUGCGAGAUGGGCCGCGAUUCGCCCAUCGACCGGUUGCUAGGCGACGGCUUCGGAGACCUCUUCCACAGCGAUGGGCACCACCGUCUCCACCCUGUCAUGAAAUUGUGUACAGAGGAGUGUCGCGUGUUGGGUCACUCUGACCAGUGCUGGAUGCCGUCUCAGGCAUCCUCAGAUUACCGGGUGAACAUGUACAUCCCAGGAGAGGAGAGCAGGCCUCAGGUCCUAGAGGACGACCAGCAGUCCAUCGACUCGGCUAAGAAGAGCUUUUCAACCUUCGGUAAGGACCACGAGGAGGAAUGCGGUGGCUCUCUGCUGUCUGAAAUGAACAACGUCUUCCAACGUCUUCUGCCGUCUUCUUACACCGAGGUCAGAGAUGCCGAAGAAUGCACUGCCCUGCCUUCAUCCUCCGCCGCCAUGGAGAUAAGAAAGGGCUUCCUGCCGGGUAAGGCACCUGUGUCUUCCGCGGGCUCCGCCUACCCUCAAGGUGUGGCCGUUUGGGCAGCCAAUACUCACUUUCAGAACCCUGGCGGUGCUGUGACGAGCGGGCAUGGCUCAACCAAUCACACGGCAUCGCAGGCACAUUUAAAAUGGCUGCCAGCGAUGGAGGAGAUUCCUGAGAACUACGAAGAGGAUGACUUGGAGAGCGUGCUCAGCCAGCGGCAGGGAAAACGCAACGACACGAGACACGAAGUUGUCAACGCUAGUGAACUGGUUGCCGAAAUUAACAAACUACUUCUGGACGUACACCAGAGUUAAACAACAACAAUCUGUUAAAGAACAUCUCCCUCUCUCUUUCUUACUCGUUCACUUUGUUUUCGUCGAGUGAAAUAAUCAUUUCAAGAAGGAGAGAGUGAGAAAGUUCAGCGCUGUAGCCUUGAUCGAGUCGCUUGUGAAAACGUUUCGUUGAUAUUGUUUACUUCAAAAUUGGAAGACUUUUUGGUCUUUUUGUACAAACGUGAACACAAUGUGAUUGUAUACCUGCCUUUUCAUUUUUACGUUUUUUUACUUCAUAUUUAUAUAUAUGUAUAUAUAUGUUUGUACAGAAAGCAAUACAAAUGUCUAUUUUUAUAUUUCAAUGUAUGCAUGUGUGUAAAAUCAAACCAAGAUUUGUUUAUACACCAGAAAACGGUUCAUGUGUGUGUAAGGCUUUUUUGAAUUAAUACAGAUUUUACAGUAUAUACGAACUAUUGUCAGUGGUCUAGUUCUCUGUUAUUAUUGUGAACACUAAAUACUCUCAGUAGUGUAAGAAAUGCGCUCUCUUUCAGUGGUUUGUGCAUCAGCCAUGAGUGACUGUGAAUUUUCUCUCAAGACAUUUUGUCGAUUUUACAAUGAUGUUGCAUUGAAGACUUUACAAAUCUGUUGCAUUAAAACAUACAUUUGAAAACCUC